AUUGUAUAUAGUGAUGGACCUGAUGGACCUCUUCGUAUUCUGUGGCAGUGGCCUCAAUUUCUGAUCGAAGAGCGUCUUUAAUGGAGGUCAGAGGCUGCGGCAGGGACCUCUGCUGAGUUGCUUCUGCUCUCUACUGAGCGAUUUCAACAGAGGAAGAACAUGGGUCAGGGGCUGAGUUGCAGUGCGAGUCAUGAGAAUGGAUUGUUUAGUGCUGUCCAGUGCGGAGAUUUGGAAAUCGUUCAAGUUUUGCUGAAGAACGAACCGUCUCUGUUGCAUAAUACCACUCUCUAUGAUCGUCAAUCUCCGCUUCAUAUUGCCGCUGCUAAUGGCCAGAUCGAGAUCCUCUCUUUGCUUUUGGAACGAUUUUCCAAUCCGGAUUUGUUGAAUCGUCACAAGCAGACUCCGCUCAUGUUGGCAGCAAUGCAUGGAAAGAUCUCCUGUGUGAAGAAGCUCCUUGAAGUUGGAGCAAAUAUUUUAAAGUUUGACUCCCUUCACGGGCGGACUUGCUUGCAUUAUGCUGCUCAUUAUGGCCAUUUUGAUUGCUUAGAAGCCAUUCUUUCUGCUGCUCAAUCAAGCCCUGUUUCUGCUUCCUGGGGAUUUGUACGAUUUGUGAAUAUUAGAGAUGGUAAGGGAGCAACCCCUUUGCAUUUGGCAGCUCGUCAAAGACGACCUGAAUGCAUUCAUAUUCUGUUGGAUAAUGGAGGUCUUGUUAGUGCUUCAACUGGUGGCUAUGGAUGCCAAGGAAGCACACCCCUUCAUUUAGCAGCUCGUGGAGGGUCCUUGGAUUGCAUCAGGGAGUUGUUGGCUUGGGGGGCCGAUCGCCUUCAGAGAGAUUCCACUGGGAGAAUUCCUUAUGUAAUUGCUAUGAAGCACAGACAUGGAACCUGUGCAGCCUUGCUGAAUCCUUCAUCCACUGAGCCACUUGUUUGGCCAUCGCCCUUGAAGUUUAUUAAUGAGCUUCAUCAAGAAGCAAAGGCUUUAUUAGAACAGGCAUUAAUGGAGGCCAACAGGGAGAGGGAGAAGAGCAUCUUGAAGGCAACUCCUGAUACAGUGGUUGACAAUUUGUCUGAGAUCAGUGAUGGAGAUACAGAGCUAUGCACCAUUUGCUUUGAACAAGCUCCCACAAUUGAAGUUCAAAGCUGUGGCCAUGUCAUGUGUGCUCAAUGCACCCUUUCCCUUUGCUGCCACAGCAAGCCAAAUCCGACCACAGCCUGCGUAACGCCCCCAGUUUGCCCGUUUUGCCGAAGCAACAUUAUUCGUUUGGUCGUCGCCAAGACGAAAACAAUGGAGGAAGUUGAUGAUCAUGAAACUAAUAGCUCAUCCAAGCAGAGAAAGGGAAGGAAGGGUGUGAACUUGAGUGAGGGUGAUAGUAGCAGCUUGAAAGGGUUGUCGUCGAUGACUGCUUUCGGGAAGAUGAACGGUGGCCGUGGCUCUGGACGGAUAGCUGCCGCAGACGAUGAUCAAUCAGUUGAUAAGCUUGGUUAGUAGGUGAAAAUGGCAAAUCAUACCAUCUUUUUGAUCAAUCAAGCUCCCUUUUACCCUUUCUCGCAUUGCAUAAAGAUCAAAGUAUUCAAUGACUUGAAUUUGGUGUUGGGUCCCAUCAAUAAAUAAUAUAAGAAGGAAAAAAUAAUAAAUAAAUAAAUAAAGUCCAUGUUUUCUUAUAGGAUUGGGGAAAAGGAGAGAUAUUAAGCAAAGAAGUUGGUGGUGAGUAUUGUCUUUGUGGGUCAAGUUUUUGUAAUUUGAUUUCUUUAUUUAUUUUAUUUAUUUAAAAGAGUGAAAAA